UGUUGCCGUGUAUACUAAGUAACGAUCGUUUAACAUUUAGCAAACUGAUAAUGAUUACUGAACCGUAUACAUGUCGUGUUUUAAAACAUAUUUAUCAGAGCAUUAAAUACAUCUCAAUUUCGCUUAAUCUAUUUUGUUUACAUUGUGUAUGAAAAUACAUAUCUUGUGUUGAUAAUGGCGGAUAGUUCCUCAUGGAAACUUAUAGACAGCUAUUUUGUUUUCAAAGAACAUAGGGGAAUUUCUGCAUUGGCAAAACAAGCUGUCAUAGUGCUAUUUAUUGCUUUGGUAAAGUUUUGUCUUUUCUCCAGCGACAACGCCUUCACCAAGCACAGGCAGAUAAUCUCCACAACGGUCAAGGACGAAUAUGACUACUUAGUAGUCGGUGGUGGGUCGGCCGGGUCUGUACUGGCAGCGAGACUUUCUGAGGAUGGAAAAUCAAGUGUUCUUGUUAUUGAAGCAGGAGGGUUUUACGAUGAGAAUCCAUUAUUUCAUAUUCCAUUUCAUUUGCCAGGGCUUCAAAAUACCAAACAUGACUGGAGGUACUACACAGUACCUCAGAAAGAAUCAUGUCUUGGAUUGAAAGAAAAUAAAUCAUUUUGGCCACGUGGAAAAGUUCUAGGAGGAACAAGUAUGAUAAACACCAUGUAUUAUGCACGUGGCAGCCGAUACGAUUACGAUUCUUGGGCAGCAGACGGAUGCACAGGCUGGAGUUAUGACGAUGUCUUUCCGUACUUCUUAAAGUCUGAGGACAUUCAGAUCGACCAGCUCAAAUUGUCACCUUAUCAUCGUUCUGGUGGACUUCUGACAGUGUCCUCUGGGGAGGCUACCCCGCUAUCAGAGCUUUAUUUACAAGCUGGUCAGGAACUAGGUUAUAUCAUAACUGAUUACAAUGGUCCGGAUCAAAUAGGUUUUAAUAAGGUACAAAUAACCACCAAAACAGGCGUAAGAGGUUCCACAGGGGUUCUUUACCUGGGUCAGCCUGGAAAGAAGGUAAACCUUGACAUAGUUAUUGAAACAAUGGCUACCAAAAUUGACAUAAAGGAUAAAAGGGCACGUGGAGUAUAUUAUGUACGCAAGGGGCAAACAUCUUAUGUCAAAGCCAGAAAGGAAGUGAUUUUAACAGCUGGAGCAAUUAAUUCUCCACAGCUGCUCAUGCUGUCUGGAAUCGGACCGAAAGAACAUCUACAGUCUCUAGAUAUUCCUGUGGAAAUCGAUUUACCUGUUGGAGACAAUUUGCAAGAUCAUUUGUCAGUUAUGCUAUUUAGUAAAAUAAAUAAAACCCUGAGUUUAACAGACAAUUUUCUUGACGGUCUAUGGUCCAGAUAUAAAUACAAGCUUUUUGGUAAAGGACCUUAUAGUUCUACUGGAGUGGAAGCUUCGGCAUUUUUCUACACGGGAAAAGAAAAGCAAGAGAAAGUAUCGCCUAAUUUACAAGCCAUGAUAAAAAGCAAGUUUAUCAGUACCAAUAUAUGGAAUAUUAAAGAUAUCAUUGCUGAAGAAUACCUCGCGGAAAAUGGUAAUACUGAAGGAAUUAGCUUUUCGUUGAAUCUGAUACAACCUAGAAGUGUAGGCAGUCUGCGUUUGCGCACUGGACAUCCAUUAGAUUCUCCUUUAAUUGAUCCACAGUAUCUUACCAAUAGAAAAGAUAUCGAUGAUUUGAUAGAAGGAGUUAGAAUUUGGGAGAAAUUUAUAAAUACGAAAACUAUGCAGGGGCUUGGUACCGAUAUCAACGAAAUGAGAAAGUCGUUUUGCUCGCAGCAUGAUUUUCGGUCUGAUUCAUACUGGGAAUGCUUUAUCCGCCAUCUUGCAGUGACUAAUUAUCAUCCUUCAGGAACGUGUAAAAUGGGUGCUGAUGAUGACCCGACAGCUGUUGUUGACUCAAAGCUUCGUGUGAAAGGAGUAAAAGAUUUAAGAGUAGUAGACGCUUCUGUACUGUCUACAAUAACUGCAGGAAGUACAUACGCUCCAGUAAUAAUGAUUGCUGAAAAAGCUUUUGAUAUAAUUAACAAUGUAGAUUUGGUUAAACAUUUAAGGGACAGGACUUGAUAUGUUAAGUUAAGUGCACGGCAUUAACCGGUUUGAACUCCCAAGUCAUGUUUUUGCCAAUGGCCAUUCCAAGGCGGUGUCCCAAUUUGUUCCCUCACUCGUUCGUUUCGCCCUGCUUGUCUGUAUUUCUUAAUUUGUUUGUAUAUUUUUGUGAGAAUAAUGAAGCAGCAUGAUUUCAGAACUGAAGAAGAAUAAAUUAGUUAAAAACACCCAAAAUUAUGUCACCUCCAGAUAUAUGCCAAAUGUUUCGAAUUUUACAAUAUGCAUUCAUUUAUUAGAUUCAACGGAACUUUUAUCACUCCUAUUCGCUGAUGAUUUGGCAUUGAUUAACGAUACAGUGUCAGGAUUACAGAAAUUAUUGAAUGUAUUAAAACAGUAUUGCAUGGAAACAGGUCUCAAUGUUAACAUUGAUAAAACAAAAAUUUCUGUAUUUAAAAAUGAUGGUUAACUGUCACAACAUGAUGAUAAUAAGCGGUUAGAAGUGGUGUCUAGUUUUUCUUAUGUGGGUGUAACAUUGACUAAGCAAUUAUCAUUAAACCGAAUGGCAGAAGAACAACCACUGAAAGGAAAAAGAGUUCAAAUUACAUUAUUGUCAAAACAUUAUAGUUAUGGUCCUUUACCAAAAUAUGUUUUCUUCAAUAUAUUUGAUACUAAAGUGGCACCAGUGCUAUACGGGGCAAAACUAUGGGAUGCAAAAGAACGCAAUUCUCUAGAAAUUGUUCACAACUAUGCAUGUAAGAGAUAUAUGUGCGUUAAACAAAACACUUCAAACGCAACUGUAUUAGGAGACUGUGGUCGUUACCCAAUGUUAAUUGCAGCAGCCAAACGCUGUAUGAAAUAUUCGUUGAAAAUACUAAAAAUGCAAAAUUAUAGACUUGUAAAUUUUUUUAUAUUAUUAAUAUGAUGGUUAGUAUUUGACGAGAUGGGUAAAACAACAUGGGCUACCGGUAUUAAAGAUCUGUCAAAUGUUAAUGGAUUUGGAUAUAGUUGUAACCAACAGUCAGUUACCAUUGAAACAAUGUUUAUCAAGUCAUUUGUUAAUCGGUUUUGUGACCAAUACAGACAAAAUUGGAAUAGUCAUAUAAAUAACAGCUCUAAGUAAUCGACUUAUUGUUUGAUUAAAGUAUGACUUUAAACAUGAAUAGUACUUAUCUGUAAUUACAAUACGUAAAUUUAGGAAUGUGUUAGAAAAAUACGUACAUCCUCGCACAACUUAGAAAUAGAACAAGGGCGGUAUAAUAAUACAGCAAGAUAAAUGUAUAUGUAUAUAUAAGAUAUACCAGAUGACAGUUGAAACAGAAUCCAUUUGUACAAUUUUAUUAUGGUAUGCCCUUUAUACGAUGAUAUAAGACGGCAGUAUUUACCAGCAAAAUAUUACAUUAAUCCAACUGUACAUAAAUUUAAUAUUCUUAUGAGCACAAGGUCUGAAAUAUUGUUAAAUAUUUUGGCAAUAUUCAUAAACCAUGAUUUUCUUAAACGAAAAGCAAGUUUGUAAUUAUAUAUAAAAUAUUUUUUGUUGAUUCUAUUUUUGUUUAUGAUGCUGAAUGAUAUACAUAGCAACUGAUUUGACUAAUGAUAACUUUAUGAAUGUAAAUAUGUGUUAAGUAUACCUUUCAUGAUUACAAGAUAUGAAAUUGUACACAUUACAUUUUCUUCUGUUUUAUCAAACAGAUUGGCAAAACCGAUUGUUUAUUGUCAUCUUUGGGAGACAGAAAUACCAUUGGUACGGUACCUAUGAUGUUUUCAUCUAUUUAAAGGCUUAAAUGAUUUUAAUUUCAGUAGGGCAAGAUAUGGAAUGUAUUAUGAUAAUGUAAUCUUUAGAGACUAAGCAAAAACAAUGACAAUAAUACUGAAUUUUAGUGUUUAUGCAAUAUUUUUGAACAAUUAUUAAAUUAUAUAUUUUAAUAUUCCAAUUAUGAAGAAUCUUAUGUUAAGCAAAAGUUUAUAUUAAAAGACAAAAAAAAAAAAUAUGUAAAUUGUGUUAUUUCUACAUUUUAAUGUAGUAUGCUAUCCUUUUAUAUUUGUGAAAUAUUACAAAUUGACAAUGUAUUAAGGAUAACAUGGUGUAAUAGGCCUCAAUUUCACCAAAAGCGUACAUACAACUUGAUAAUGUAAGUUUUAAAAAUACCAAACGAUAGAAAUAAGGUGCAGAUUGACUAGGUAUAUAGUGACAGAAGUUCUCAAAAAUUUCCUUUAAAUUACCUCCCCUGAUAAUUUUGGUUUUUCAUGAGUUAUCUCCCCUGAAAACUAGAAAAAAUUUUUUUCCUCCUUUUCCCUACGGAGAAUUUUAGAUUUCUUUUUGAUAUUUGUAUCAGAAUCAUAUAAUGCAGCUUUCUACCACAAAAUUUUCUCGAAACUCAAGUUCAGAUUCUCAUAAUCAAAGAAAUUAUAUAUUUCCCAUAGGCAUCAAUGUUAACUUCAAUACCGAUUAUCUCCCAAAAAAAUUAUAAAAUUUGAAAAAUCUCUCGAUGAAAAGUUUUUGAUUUUGAAUGUCUUUAAAGUGACCAAAUUUCAUUUAAAUAUUACCAUCCAGUUACAAGAUAUGAAAUAUGGCUAUUACACCAUGUUAUCCAUAAACAAUAGACAAUUCCAUAUACAAGCAUACAUACAAAAUGAAAUUACAAAUAUAGAUUAUUAAGUGCCAUAACCAUACGAUAUAAUGUAAUAAAAUAAAGUUGACAUAUUCUUAGAAAUACCAUAUGUUUAUGUAUGUAUUACAUGAAUAUGAUAAAUUUGAUCUCAUCUGAAAAAAAUUCCAAAGGUUGCAUCUGAGGUUUUCGUUCAUUUUUGGAAAUUAAUGGAGACUAAAAAUAUAUGUGCAAUAACACAUCCUGUAUGAGUUUCAUUUGUUUCAAUUUAUUGCUAUUGUUGAAAUAAUAAUUAGCCUAUAUUCAUUUUCAUCAGUGAAAAAACAAGUCUAGUAAUAAAAACAGUUAAUUUAGCAUAUAGUUAAUACAUUAUUAUUUCUUGUGUAGAAGUAAAAAUAUUCAAAUAGUAUGUUCUGUUACAUUUUAACACUUAAUGAGGAAUUAGGCUUAUAUUUGAAUGUCAUAAGUUGAUAUGUAAUGUUUUGGAAAGAUGCAAACAUCUAUGUUAAUAUUUGCUGAUAAUAUACAUGUGUAUAGGUAAUAAUAUAUACUAUAGCUAUCUUUCGUGUACCUGUACUUUUCUCUAAAAUGUCUUUCUUUAUUGCAUUAUAUUGUUAUGGGCCGGUGGCCAGUAUCAAAUAAACAUUUUGUCAUGAUUGUCCUUGUCAUAUUAGUAACUGACAAAUUAAUAAAAUUAACUGUCAUCUCAAUCA